UUUCUGCAUCUUCCCAAUUCCACCAUUGAAAGCAUAUGGCUAUGUAAUUUGAGAAUGCAUGACUUCUUUCAUAAUUGUUCCACCAUACCAUAUUUCCCUGUCUAGAUACUAUAAGAUAAUUUCUAGAACUUUGUGCACUCAAUAUUUGCAGAGAAAUUUCGGGGUUUGCUAGCGAUUUGCCGCUUGUGAAAUCAAACAUUGAAACAAUUUUCCCAACACGAGCCCUCAAUAACGGCCUCGUCGACCUUUUGGGCCCUUUUAUUUAAAAGUAGAGAUAUACAGCUUUGUUGGUCGUUUUCCAUAUCUUAUAUCAGCACAUAGCUCCUGAAGGCCAGUACCAUGUGGUCGUUUGUGAGGUCGAAGGCUCAAGCAGGAGAAGUUUUCCUCCCUGCCUUCUGGCAAACUUAUGGUCAGUUUGUCGGCCUAUAAGAGAUUGUGACGCCAUAUAUUGGUAUUUUUCCUUCCAAAGAAAAAGAGUAUCUUGGGACAUUCAAACGGUCGAAGAGAGCAAGGAAGCCGCCUCCAAAAAGCCAUCAAGAUGUCGUCUCCCCUAGUCUUCAAACACACAUUUUUGCCGUUCUGUUUUCCGCGGUCCUAGGCACAUCUUUGUUAAUCACAUUCGACAAAUACUGGUUGCCAAUCCUCGAGGCUCAGUUACAUGCCUUCAUUGCUAUAAAGUCCAGAUUUACCUUUAAGUUAUGUCUCGAACUCAUUACAUUUUAUGGGGAAAUGCAUGCGAGAUUCUUUCAAACGUCAUAUUUCAAUCUCUUUCUCUGGAUAUCAAGCCGAAGAGUGGGUUUAGACGAGCUGUUACUACGAAGUUUAAUCAUUUUCACUGUUUUUCUCGCUCGACGGAACCUGCAGAAAUUAUCCGACGUCAUCAUCGAAAUUUACCGGGUCGUGCAGUACAAAUUGUAAGUAACUUCGUAUCUAUCAACAGAGCAUUCUACUCUUGAUCUCAAACCCUCAUUUCUGUUGUGAUUUUGUGCAUCUAUUCAUUUCUUGAUGCAGUAUUAACCCCUCGUCUUCCUUCAAAACUCUCCAAAAAAUGCACCAACUAACUUCUCAAUCUCACAGGGUCGAAUUCGCAAAGGAGCGCACUACCAACGCUUCAAAGAAAUCGUCGCCGAGGUGGAAAGAGAAAAGCCCAAAAAGUGCAGAGAUAAGCAUCUAUACUGGAUAAGUCGAAUCAUCACCAAAUCAUGCACAAACAUAGAUAGAGACGGCAAACCCGAUCCUAUAAUCGAAUGGCCCAAAAGUUCCGCACUGCUCGAGGAAUACCUAUUUCUCCGCAAAACAUUUCCCGAUCCAGCAGACUUUCCCUAUCGAAAAAAAGGGCCCGGUCAAUCUUGGAAAGUCGUAAGGCGUCUACAUACCGGUAAGGAGUUCUUAAAGAACAUAGGAAGGAGACUUGAAGUCGUUGUACCAGAUGAUGAUAAAAAUGGACAAAAAGGUCCUUUCGAUCACGAUGAACUAAUCAUCCAACCCGAACCCAUGACUCUUCACAACGACGCAUCUAAAAAAGCUAAAGAAGCCGAAGAAAAAGCCAAAAAGGCAGCCGAAGAAUCGGAUAAAAAAUUAGAAAGACUCUUAAGACGAAACAGAUAUAAAAGCGAACGAGACGAAAAGAAACAUCGCAUCAAAAAUAAGAAUCCGGAAAAUCCCUAUGCGCCGGGAAGAAGAGAUGAUGAGGAGAGUAUCGUUACUGAUAGUGAUUUUGUGGGGAAUUAUAGGGAUAGGAAUCAGGUGGAUGAUGAGCCGCCUUUGGAGAAAAUACCUAGGGUGAGUCAUCGUCAUCGUGAGUAUGUGCGUGCUGGGAGUGUGCGGAGUGAUGAUUCCUAUAGCGAGUGUUCGAACUCGUCGAUGGGUUCUGUGUGUGCACCGUCUGUGAGGAAGAUCUAUGAUAAAGGGAGUGGGCGUCAUAGGAGAUAUUAUGGUCAUGGUCAUGGGUAUGGGCAUCAUUCGAGUGAUAGUAGUAGUGAUAUGGGAAGACCUCCCAGUGUUUAUAAUCAUCCUCCGCCGCAUUAUGGGGGGUUUCGGUAUGGAUAGUAGUUGCUUAUUUCUUAAUGUUCUAAAAACUUGAGGCUUAAUACUUAUUUGGAUAGUUGGUAUUUGCUGGUUUGAACUUUGUACAAGUGUUUUAGAUAAGUCUAAUACCCUACUUUUCGGCCACCCCUAAUCUCAGCCACCUCUUUACACCA